GGGGAAUUACCAACCGGCUGGCGCUCUCUGGCCCUCCAGUCACUGGAGCUGGGCUUCCUUGUUUACUUAUUUAGAGCCCAGCAGAGGAAGUGGUAAAGGAAACUUGCUGAGUCGUUUUCUGAGAAGAGACCAUAUUUGCUCGUAGAGGAAGCGUUGCUUUCUGGGAUCCAGCUGCAGCAGAAAGGACGUUUGGAGCUCCGACGGGGCCGUUCCAGGGGGUGGCUGGGAGUUGGAAGAGCCAAGGACACCUCCCUGCUCUGGGCCGGGGGCUCUCGGCCCAUGGGUGCUGCUACACCCACGCUCAGCUUGUGAGUUUCCUCCCAGGAGAGCAGCCAUGGCGUUGAGAAACGUGCCCUUCCGCUCCGAGGUCCUGACCUGGGACCCCGACAGCCUCGCGGAGUAUUUCAGGAAGCUGAACUACAAGGACUGUGAGAAGGCUGUGAAGAAGCAUCACAUUGACGGGCCGCGUUUUCUGAACCUGACGGAAAAUGACAUCCAGAAGUUCCCUAAGCUCCGGGUGCCGAUUCUCAGUAAGUUAAGUCAAGAAAUCAACAAGAACGAAGAGAGGAGGAGCAUUUUCGCCCCGCGCAAACCCCAAGUCCACCGGUUUCCUGAGGAAAUAGAGAGCCACGAGGAAGACAACGGGGGCUGGUCCUCCUUCGAGGAAGAUGACUACGAGAGUCCCAAUGAGGAUGAGGACGCGGAGGACGACGGUGACUACGAGUCCCCCAACGAGGAGGAAGAGGCGCCCAUGGAGGACGACGCCGAUUACGAGCCCCCGCCCUCCAACGACGAGGAAGCUCUGCAGAACUCCAUCCUGCCCGCCAAGCCGUUCUCCAACUCCAACUCUAUGUACAUCGACCGGCCCCUCUCCGGGAAAGGCCCACAGCAGCCGCCCGUGCCGCCCCAGAGACCGAUGGCUGCCCUCCCGCCCCCGCCGGCCAGCCGGAGCCACACGCCCCUCCCCAUACCCCAGCCCAACCAUGAAGAGCCUAACAGAAGUAGAGCCCACAAAACCGCCAAGAUCCCUGCUCCUUCCGUGGACAGAAGCAAGAAGCCUCCCCUCGACCGUUCGUUAGCGCCUUUUGACAGAGAGCCCUUCCCGCUGGGAAAGAAACCAGGACUUUCUGACAAGCCCUCAACCCCGGGCAGGCCGCUCGGGGAGCACUUACCCAGGAUACCAAAGCCUCCCUUACCGCCCACCACGGAGAGAUACGACAGAAGUAGCCCCCUGCCAGCGAAGAAGCCACCUGUGCCAAGGCACGGAUGGGGACAAGACAGAAGAGAGAACGAUGAAGAUGAUGCGCAUCAGAGGCCUCUGCCCCAGCCAGCGAUGUCCCCCAUGAACUCCAACACCUUCCCUUCGAGAUCCGCCAAGCCUUCACCCAAGCACUCCCUGCCCUCGGUGCACCUGCCCGGAGCAUUAUCUGAGAGUAACAGCAGUUUCCCGCAGAGCGCCUCCCUGCCACCACACUUCUCCCAAGGCUCUGGCGGCAGGCUGCCCCCCAGACCUGAAGGCAGAAACAUCUCCUUGCCGGUUCCAAGCGCGCCUCGGCCUCAGUCCACCGGGGAGGGAGAGAACUCAUUACACGAGGAGUGGUACGUUUCUUACAUUACCCGACCGGAGGCAGAAGCUGCUCUUAGGAAGAUAAACCAGGAUGGCACUUUCCUGGUCAGAGACAGCUCCAAGAAGACAGUGACCAACCCGUACGUCCUCAUGGUGUUAUACAAAGAUAAGGUUUACAACAUCCAGAUCCGCUACCUGGAGGACAGCCAGGUGUACAUGUUGGGAACCGGACUCCGAGGGAAGGAGGACUUUCUGUCCGUGUCAGACAUCAUCGACUACUUCCGGAAGAUGCCCCUCCUGCUCAUCGACGGGAAGAACCGGGGCUCCAGAUACCAGUGCACGCUGACGUACCCCGCCGCGUACCCGUAGCAGCCGGCCGCGCCGGCGGCCUCCCGCGGGACUGUGCUGGCGGCCUGGGGACGCGCGUCAGGCUCGGUGCCUGGGCGCACACUUAGGCCUGGACCGAGCCCCUCAACACGAACACAAGGGUUUUGAGAAGUGUUUGAAAUGAAGACUGUCAAGUACCCCAUAAUUUAUUUAUUCUUCUUCAGUAUUUGUAAAGUGCAGGGGUAAUUUUGUUCACACUUGAAGUGGAGUAGUGUACUGGGGUAAUUCAUACAAAUGAUGUAUAUUUUUGGUACCCAUUUCAAAGUACCAAAGUUUAAGCUGUUUACACAGCUACAAGAAUAAUGUGGGGCAAGUUUCAAAACACUUAAACAGUAGUAUUGUUAUCACAUAAAACUGAUUUUUUUUUAAAUAGCCAAACCUUUGUCAGGGGCAAUCAUCACUUUUAUAUGUGUAAUUUGAAAAUUACUAAAAUUAACUUUCUCAGCAGCAAUAAUUUAAAA